CCGAGCGCGCAGAAUGCCCGUCUAAAAAAUUACGAGUGUGAAGACAAUUUUUUUUGUGUUAGUGCUAAUUUGUGGAUUAAAAAGAUUCAAAAUGGUGUUCGGAGCGAAGAAGGCACUACAAACUAGCAGGAGUCGAAUAUCGCUUAUGAAGAUACAAAAUUUUACUGUUCAAAAAAGGCAAUCUGUGGUGACAUUGGUGUAUGGCACUCUGAUGAUCGUACUUGGACUGGUCACAGUUCUAAUUGAUCCAAUCGCCUUAUUUACGGAUUGGUUUACAGAAGUAAGAGAAGGAAACUUCAUUUACAACAUGUGGUCGAACCCUACGUAUAAAAUAUAUUCUGACGUCUACAUCUUCAACUACACCAACGUUGACCAGUACCUGAGAGGAGAGGAGAAACUAAAAUUGACAGAAUUAGGACCUUACAAGUUUCAAGAGAUGCGAACUAACGAGAAUAUAACCAUAGACAAAGAAAGAGGAGUGAUGACAAUGAAACCGAAGAUUAAACUCAAGUUCCUGUCAGAGGAGUCAGUGGGACAGUAUAAUGACAGCAUCGUAGUGCCUAAUAUCGCCCUGAUUGCUAUCAGCACACUCCUUGCAGACCAGGGUUUGGGCUUGUUACCCAACACAGCCGCUUAUUACACCAUGACUGUUCUGGGAUCCAAGCUUUUCAAGCCCAUGCCUGCGGGUGAUUUCCUCUGGGGCUACGACGAUCCCCUAGUGAAUGUUGCCAGUAAAUUAGUCCCUGGUUGGAUCGAUUUUGGCAAGAUCGGAAUUAUGGAUAGGUUCUACGCUCAAAGAAAUGAUGAAGUAGAGGUGGAGCUGAAGAACAUCAGCAGGAGGUACUCUAUUAACACAUGGAAUAGUCAGCCUGGCCUUAGAGAACAGGGUUUUUCGUCAAUCAACACUAGCAUCCCCUGUAACCGGCUACAAGGAACCUACGAAGGUCUGAUGCUACCACCUGGCUUCAACAGCACGGUACUCCCAGUUUUUAGGAAGCAAGCUUGCAGAGUCUACCCCUUCGUAUAUAAGGAGGAAGUUCUUGGAUCAAUAGGAAUUCCACUAACUAGAUACAAGAUGGAUGAUACGGCUUUUAACAAAACGAAUCCUUUUGCUUGUAAAUGCACGACAAACUGUCUGCCUGACGGUUUUGUAGAUAUUGGCAGUUGCUAUUACGGUUUCCCUAUAGCAUUAUCAAAGCCUCAUUUUUUGGACACUGAUCCUGAGCAGCAAAAAUUGUAUGAAGGUAUGAAACCGGAUCCUCUACUUCAUUCUUCGCAUGUGGAUUUGGAGACGAAAAUUGGUGUACCAAUGGGUUUGAGUACGAAGUUGCAAGUGAACAUCGCUGUGAGGAUGGCGCCGGGAAAUCCAAUCACCAAACCUUUAAAAGAUAUGGUUGUACCACUUAUGUGGCUGACACUAUACUGCGACGAACCACCUCCAGAAGUAGUGUCUCUCCUACGAAUGCGGUUAAUUUUUGCGCCACCACUGGUUCUUACUCUUGAAAUCCUUCUCAUCGUCAUCGGAAGUGCUCUGGUCAUCCAUGGUCUUUAUCGGCUCUGGUACCCAAAAUACCAACUCAUCCAGGCCCAAGACACGAAAAAGACAGAGAAACGGAUAAACCAUAGUGUGUUGGAAAGACGAAAAAGUAGCCUAACGUUAAAUAUGGCUGAUACGUUUAAUGAUGAUGAAAUGGCGAAGGAAGCUGUUUCCUUAUUAGCUAUCACGGAAGAAGAUUUGCCGGAUUUAUUGAUGGGCGAAACAAUUGAUUACGAUGAAAGGUUUUCUGAAUAAUGAGAUACUUGUCAAUGCAUAAAUUGUGUCAUAUAAUUACUUUUUCGUUAAAACAACCAAGUUACCAGUAGUAGUAAUAAUAAAGUCGGAAUAGGAGAAGUGAAUUUAAAACUAUAUUUUUACUUCUUAGAAAAGUAAACAUAUAGCUGGAUUUUUAAACCGGGUGUAGUUUUAGUCUGUCUUUAUUAAAGCUCUGUCAUUUCUAUAAAACGUGGACUGAAUAUAUCGUGAAUGUUACCAUAAAUCAAGCUACGUAGCGAUGGUAACCAUGGAAACAAGCACACUUUUAGUCCACGUUUUUUUGUAUGUUUGUAUUAAUAUUUACACACGUAUUAUUAAAUUAUUUACGGUCCAUUUCAAAAUGUAUUAAGUACCUUUAAGUUAUGUCAUCCCUGACCAAUGCUGAACAAAAAAACACAAAGGGUUUUUGCUCAGCAUUGGGCUUCAAUCAAAGAAUAAUCGGAUCUAUAGGGUCUUGUAUAUCUGUACUUUAGUAUUUUCGAUUUUUACCGGCCUUUAAUUUAUACUUGCCGUAAAGUUAAAUCUUGCCUCAUACCCUCAUUUAAAAUUCGAGUAAUUAAUAAAGUAAUAAUUAUUGACUACUCAAUUAGUUUGCUCUAUUAUUAAUUGCUCAAUUAGUUUAAGACACAAGGAUGAUAAUACGAUAUAUCGUAUUGUUCUAUUGUUUUAUAUUUUAAUUAUUAUUAAAGACCGCGCCUUAAAAGUUUUAAUUAAAACAAUAACAUACAUUACAUAUUUAGAUUUAAAAUUCGUAACAGUGGUGGAUUCAGCGUGCGAUUCUCUAAAGUAGGUUCUAUCACCGGCUGUCCAUUAAUUGCCUUUCUUUCAAUUUUACAUUCGAUCGAACGGUGAUGGAAAAUAUCGUGAAAAAACCGGCUUGCCUUAGACUGAAAAUGUCGACGGCGUGGGUCAGGCACAGGAGGCAACCUACUUGCCCAUUAGGUUGACAAAUGAAACAAAUAGAGAAAUCUGAGGCUCAGGCCUAUGAGAAUAACAUACUUAUUCGGUUCAUUGAUAAAAGUUCCUUAUAGGCAAGUAGGUAGGUGCGUGAAGAAGCCCAUUAUCUCUCAAAUUAGGAAUAUUUUAUUUUUAUGUGUUAGUGUUUAUUGUGUAUCUAGAAAAUUUUAUUGACGUCUAUAUUAUUAUUGUUGCAUUUGUGCGGUCUCUUUGUAAGUUUAAAUAUAAAUGAAAUUAUAUAUGCAGCCAACUAGCUUAAUUAACCGAUCAAUUAACAGCCUAGCCAUUUAACUAACGGUCUGAAAGACGUUCCGCCAGAUGAUGAAACAGGUAGCCAGAUGACUUGGAUCAUUGAUGUUUUAUUACCUGCCUAGCCUGUUGAUUGUCAAUUUAGAUAUAAUUCCACUUUCUGCCACUCGAAACGAAACUUUUCAAACUGUCAAAAUGGCCUAUGCCAACCACAAGUUUGUGGUGUUUUCAUGAAAAACAACAAGUACAGUGGAAAAGUGUAGUGACAAUAAUAAAGUGAACUUGACUUUAUUUAUUUUUAAAAGAUACAUUUUAUAUGUUACAUCUUUUUCAUUUGUGCCAAAUAAUGACUUUACCGUACUAAUGGCCCAAGCAUUAGCCAGCCAGUUUAUUAUAUGUUGUUAAAAACGCUACGUCUUAAUAUCUUUCAGGCGGUUAGUUAAUUGGCGGCGGUUAGUAAAAAGGCUUGGCUGUUAAUUGAACAGCUAAGAUUGCAAUAGACAUGUACAUCGGAAUCUUUAUUAUAUCUAAAAAUUGCGUCUUGUUAACACAGCAGCAGCAUACAUGAGCGAAUCGUAAAUUAAAGAAUCUUAAUAAAUAAAAUAUAUGUUUUUUAUGAAAUGCAAAGACAUCAUAGUGUUUAAGACUGUCGUGGUGGAAUAUGUUAAAUAUUUAGUAUUAAUAAUAUAACCAUAGUUAAUGUGAUAUUACUUUUAUUAUAUUCAGAUUAAGUUGUACAUAUUAAGGAUGGUAAGUUAUGUGG